AUGGCCUCGGCCGUAGCAGCGCAGUCUGCCGACCUCUCUAGCUACGUUUUGACGGACACUGGCACUGUAGCCGGUGGAAACGCAUUUCCGGGUGUAUCACGACCGUUGGGCAUUGUGAAGAUCGGACCUGAUUUGGAGAAUGGAGUUGAUGCUUAUUCCGGCUACCUGCCUGAUGGCCACUUCAUCGGCUUCUCCAUGCUUCACGAACACGGCACCGGCGGCGCGCCCAAAUACGGCGUAGUCAACCAAAUGCCCGUCGUGGGCACCAUUGACAAUCCUCUAAGUCAGAACACCGACACUAGAGCGCAGCCAGAUCAGACCGAGGUUGGCCACUACAAGUCUUUCCUCAGCUCCGGGGUCGUCGUUGAGCUCGGAGCUACAGGGAGGGCGGGACUGUAUCAAUACACGUUCCCUGGAAAUGGAAGCGCCCUGGGGAACGUCAUUGUAGACGUCUCUCAUGUUCUGCCGUCAUACAGAGGACAGGGCCUUGGCCAGAACUAUCUGGGAGGCAAAAUUGAAGUGGUGGAGGGAGAUGAUUUCCACUAUGAGGGCUAUGGCUACUAUGAUAACGGUUGGAACCGUGCUGAGGAGUGGAAGGUCUACUUCUGCGGAUAUUUCGACCGUCCAGCAACGUACAAGACGUUUCUCGGCGUAGACCGCACGUCAACGGAGCUCUCCGAGUACGGUAAUGAGACAACCUAUGAGUCGAGAACGCAGCGCUUGGGUGCCAUCUUCAGCUUCAAAGACGCCGCUGUAAAAUCGAGAGUUGGAGUCUCAUUUAUUUCGGCCUCCCAGGCUUGCAGCAAUGUCAACUCGGAGAUCCCUGCCGACAGGAGCCUCUCUUCCGUUAGACAAGCCACCCGUGAGGCGUGGAACACCGAGGUUCUCUCCAAAGUAAAGACAUCAGAAACGGACACACCAAAGCUGAACCAACUGUACUCGGCGCUGUACUUCAUGAACCUGCUGCCCACAAACAAGACGGGCGAGAAUCCGCUCUGGGAGUCAUCCGAGCCCUACUACGACGACAUCUUCACAUUUUGGGAUACGUUUCGUUGCACCACCUCUCUACUCCACGUCCUCCAGCCCGAGGCCUACGAGGAGUUCAUUCGUUCCAUGAUUGAUAUCUGGCGGCACGAGGGCUACGUCUCAGACGCCCGCUCGUCUUUCUACAACGGCGCCGUCCAGGCUGGCUCCAACAGCGACAACGUCCUCGCCGACGCCUACGUCAAGGGCGUCCGCGGCGCCGUCAACUGGGACGACGGCCUUUCAGCCAUGCUCAAGAACGGCGAGGUGACGCCCCCACCCAACAACGACCCGCGCGACCUCUCCGGCUCCACCAAGGAGGGCCGCGGCGCCCUUCCGGACUGGCUCGAGCUCGGCUGGAUCUCGCCCCGCUUCGCCCGCGCCGUCACCCGCGCCGUCGAGUAUUCGGUGAAUGAUUUCAACAUCUAUCAGGUUGCCAAGGGGCUGGGCGUUUCCGACGUCGCCAAGCGGUACUUGCAGCGGUCCCGGAACUGGCGUAACCACUGGAACGAGAACAUGACGGCCCACGGCUUCAGUGGCUUCAUGGGCCCACGCAAUGCCGACGGCAGCUUCCCGCCGCAGGACCCCCUCGACUGCGGCGGCUGCUACUGGGCGGAGGCGUACUACCAGGCCACGCCGUGGGAGUACUCGUUCAACGCGCAUCAUGACGUCGCGCAUCUCGUCAACCUGACUGGCGGGGCCCAGCGCUUCUCUGACAGGCUGGAGAAGACGUUCGAGCCGGGGCAGUACGCGGGCAACGGCGCCUUCGGCAACACGAUCUUCAACCCGGGCAAUGAGCCCUCUUUCGGGACGCCGUACCUGUUCAACUUUGUCAACAAGCAGCACCUCUCGGUGGAGCGCUCCCGCUUCGUCGCAAAAUCCUACUACAAGCCCGCCCCUGACGGCCUCCCGGGCAACUCGGACGCUGGCGCGAUGGAGUCUUGGCUGCUGUGGAACAUGAUCGGGCUGUACCCACUCACUGGCCAGACAACCUUCCUCAUCGGGUCGCCGUGGUUUUCGGAUCUGACCAUCUCGCUCGGCGGCGGGCGCGAGCUCAAGGUGUCGUCGACGGGCGGCUCUGAGGAUGCGUACUACGUACAGAGUCUGCGCGUCAAUGGCGAGCAGUGGGACAAGGCGUGGGUGACAUGGGGGUACAUCUUCGCCAACGGGGGGACUUUGGAGUUUGACCUGGGGCCUGAACCAAAGGAGUGGGCGACGGGGGAGCUGCCACCCAGUCCGGCGACCGCGGAGGACGAAGAGGAUUUGGCGGCGCUGAGGCAGCAACGUCGGCGGCGGAUGCGUCAGGAUGAGCAGAAGAUCAUCGGAUAG